AUGGUAAAAGUUUACCUCCUUGGAGCUGGCUGUAUUGGGUCUCUUGUGGCAAAUGAAGUCAUUCAUGCGAGCAAGGGAUCUCUCGAGAUCGUGUCGCUUCUGCGGACGCAGGCAAAGGUAGACCAGUUUAUCGCUAACGGGUGCAAGAUCACCAUUGACAGGCUAUAUAGUGGUGAAAUUUCAACCUCUAUUUUGUCAGGUGCCCAGCUAAGUACUCUCCCACCUGCUAGCCACAUUGACUAUCUGAUGGUGAGUGUCAAGACACCUGCUACCGUCGCAUCACUUAGGGGAUUACUGCCAGCGAUAAGCCCAAAAACAAAAAUCUUGUUGAUCCAAAAUGGGAUGGGUGUUGUCGAAGAAUUGUACCGCCGUUUGUGGCCAGAUCCUAUUACUCGACCCACCAUUUUUCAGGCUGUAAUAGGGCAUGGUGUCUACCAAGACCCGAAGGCCACAGAUCCGUUUCGGUUCUCCCAAGCUGGAUCAGGCCAGGUCAAGGUGGCACUCGUUCCAAGAGAGCUUGGUAAUGUGGAUGGUAAAGACACUUCAGUUUCCCCACAGUUUGCUGAAGAUCCGGUGAUCCAAUCUCUGGUUGCUGCCCCGGAGUUGAGUACUUCUUUACACUCGUACCCGCAAUUCGUGCUUCUGCAGGUGCGUAAGUUCCUGCUUAAUUCCUGCAUCAAUCCUACGGGAUCGAUUCUGGACUGUCUUAAUGGUGAAAUGGAUCCUUUGGAUGAAACCCGUGAUCUUUUCCGUUCGAUCAUUGCUGAAUCCAUCGAGGUUUUGCUCCAGGCCCGCCCAUUUCUGAAGGAGACUCCCGGCAUUGAAGAGGCAUUUGAUCUCGAACAGGCACUGGAGUAUGUUGUUGAGUAUGGUAUGGUUCUCAACAAACAAAAUUCGUGUAGCAUGCGCCAGGACUGUUUGAACCUGAAAGAAAUUGAGAUUGACUACAUCAAUGGGUUCAUCGUGACUCUUGCGGAGGAGUUGGGAAGAAGUGCUCCUGUGAACAGAACGAUGACGUAUCUCGCAAAAAACAGGCUUGCGCUGAACAAAUUGAGGGUGAAGAGUUGA